AGGCCAUGUCAUGAUGGCACAUGGGGUGAGCAACGUGAUGGCAGAUGCUGACUCGAAUGGAAGAUUGAAUGAGAGUGAAUCGGAGGAAGGUGCAGAAGUGAGCAGGGAGGGGACACCGGAGAGGAAUGCGGUGCUGGUUUCAUCACCAGGACUGGGGGAUGAUGGCAACGGUGAGAUACAAGUUGGAGGGGAUGACUUCGAAUGGGAAGGAUGGGGGCCUGGCAGACACAUGGUCCCGUUGGCUUGGCGAUUUCCUUUGCGGUGCAGAGUUCGAAAUAUGUUCAUGUGGUGGAAUUUGGGGCAAGAUGUCAUCGUGGAAGGACAAGUGAGGAGGAUUCGGCCCUUAAAGCACCUCAGUCAGGUUCCUUUCUCCGCAGACGUGAAGGAUGAGAACACGAGGAAGAAUGUAUACAAACAGGUUCGUAUUGAGAUGUCACUGGCAGUUGAAGACCAUCAGGUAGAGGCGAAUAGAAAUAGUGAGAGUGGACAAAGGACGUAUGCAGACAUUCUCCAGAGCACGUAGUGUAGAGAAUUUACAGUUCGUUCCUGAAUGAAAUCAUUGUUGAGUUGA